UCAUCUUUACAAGAAAAUGUUUAAUUCAUGUUAGAAUUUAUUAUAUUAAUUCUAUCGGGAUAUUUAUAUAUAAUUGUCAGAAUGGUUGGUUGAUUGAUUUGAUUAGAUUUAGAAUUUAAAUUGAGAGAGAAAGAGAAAGAAAGAAAAUAUUAUUUUUAAAACUCGCUCAAUGUUAUUCUGUUGCUUUAGAUACUCAAGAUCAGAUGUUAACUGUUGACUUGGAGAAAAAGAAGAAAAAAAUCUUGUAAUUGUUUCUAAUUGUUCCCAAUGAAUCUACUCAGUUUAUUUAAUUUUCUCUUCUUAUUUACAUUUCUAUUCUAAAUCAAAUGUUGUCUGUUUGUCAAAUUUAACAUCAUCAUCAUCGUCAUCAUUUAAAAAGGAUCAACUGUUUACCUCUAAAUCUAAAAUCAAAUCAAUGGGAUUAGUUUUAAAUACGUAAAUCAACAUUGGCCUAAUCUGUUAUUCCAAAUGUAGUGGAUUAAAAAGUAUCACCAUAACCAUUUAUUUCAUCAUCUUUAAUGGUUACAGUUUCUAAUACCCUUUUUCUCAUCAUUACCAGCAAAUGGUCAACACAUCAGCUGAUGAUUUACCCAUUUAACUGUAAACUCCAAAAUUGAUUCACAAUUAACUUGUAUCUUCUAUAUAUAUAUAUUAUUUAUAUUAACUUACCCCCAUUUGUUUUACAAAAGGAGAUUAAGUUUGCUAUUCUUAACCAAGAGAUAUGGAUGAUCCGAAUUAUAAAAUGAAAAAUAUCUACAGUUCUGUUAGUCCAUCAGAGAUCGCUUUAAGAUGUACCAUUCUUGACCUUUGCCAAAGAUUGAAACGAACGGAGGUUUUAUGUGAUUACUAUGAACAAUGUAGAAACGAAUUGGUUUCUGAUUGUAUUCGAUUAAGACAAGAAAGAGAUUAUUACCUGAUGGCUCAUAGGAAUAAUUUACAGCAGAGGUCGGAGGCUUGUAAACCAAAAAGUAAUCCAGCAAAUAACAGUAAUAGUAAUCCAAACACUGGGCCUCCGGUGGACACUAAUCAAUUACGCCAAUCCAAUAAGAUACAGCCAAGCUUUUCAUUUGAGAAAGAAAUUGAUUUUACAAAAACAACGGAACCUGAUGAUAAUUAUGAAGAGAUUGCUAAACGAUUGAUAGCACAAUUUAGGGAGGAAAUGGAGGAGAUCAGAAGAGCUUCAUUGAAUGGUCCACAACAAUCAACAUCAAGCAAUCAAAAUGAAAUAGUGGCCACAGGUUCCCAGGUUUUAAAAGGUCGUCCAACACAAUCAACCAAUUAUCCGGUUGAUUCUUCAACCAUGCCAACCAUGUUAGCAUCACCGAUAACACCGGCAAGGCAAUCAAGUCAACAAACAGUAGCUUCUAAUUGUGAUGAUGUCAGUAAUUCAACUAAAUUAUUAUUAUCUGAUGUACCAGGUUGUACAUCAGGUAAACCACCACCACCACCACCACCAUCAACAACAACAACAACACCAGUCACAAAUCCUGUUUAUUUGAGUAAAAAAAUGACACCAACAUCAACAACAACCAAUGAUCCAACAAUUAAUAGCGAAUAUGAUGAAAAAAUUGUAAUAUAUGACGUUUUGGAAGAUGUUCAAAGAGCAGGAGGAGGUGGAAAUAGUGGAGUAAUUGGAGGAUCAAGAUAUUAUCAAUCUAAUCAAGGAAUAACCAAAAGAGACUCAACAUCCGAAGCCAUUGAUAAAUUACCAUCUCCAUAUGAUGUUUCAUCAUCAUCUAGUGCCUACAAUAGAAACCAACAACUACAGGGUCAUCAUUAUCACCACCAGAAUCAUCAUCAUCAACAACAACAACACCAUCAUAAUCUUCAUCAUCCUCACCAUCAGAAUCGCCAACGUCAUGUUAAUAGUAGUAACAAUGAAUUCCAGAAGGAGAUUGAAAAUGCAAAUGAUUUCCGAGAUGUUCCAACGGUAAUUGAGGUGAACAGUAAUCGAGAUAAUUUUAUUAAUCCAAUGGGUGGUGGAUAUGAAAGACCCGGAGGGGAUAAUAUUCAACCCCAAGAGUCGACUUCCCAUUUAGCCGCCGAAUAUUUUGAUUUGGUCAACAAAGUAUUGAAAAAUAGUAUCAAUGAUUUUGAUACACUCACUCGGAUACUGAUGAAUCAAAAUGAGAAGCUUCGUAAACUUAAAGGCAAACAAUUAAGAAACUAUUUUAAAAGACAAUUAGACCAAAAUAAUGAAACAAGUAACAUACCUAAAAGACCUUGAAUUAGAUUUAAUUGUUCAAGGUUCUUUCUUUUCUACUCAAUUUCUACAUUUCCAUUCACAUAACAACGUUAUGGUUAAUCCUGUUAAUUACCUUCCAAUCUGGUAAAUUGGUCAAUCAUUUAUCAUCAAUCAAGGAAGAUUUUAAUUGCAUCACAUCUCAAAAUAUUACAAUUAUUUUUUUCUCUCCAUUAAAUUGGAUCACAUUCUGAAAGCCAUGCAAACUUAUAAACACACACACACACACACACACAUAAACAAUCAAAUAUAAACACAAUGUAAAGUGAAAACAAUUAUUACCACAAUUAGUGUUUCAAUUAGUGUAAAUUUUUAAAAUCCCAAAUGCAAAAUCAUCAAUUCUAAUUGUAAUGAUACACACAUUUAAUUAUCUCAGUGUCUUGAUUAACCUUCUCAUUAAACCGAAUGAGAAUAUUAAUCAGUGAAAUCUACAAUUGUUAACUAAGUGUAUUAUUAUUUGUCCAAUUCUCUGUUAUUAUAAUUAACUAUUAAUAUUUUGUAGAAGAAAAAAAAAUCUAUCAUCUUGUUAACCAAUUAAUGAGAAAGUUUAAUUACUCAAUCAAUUUUUUUUAAUAGAAAACCAAAAUUUGUAAUAUUUGUGGAAAUUGAAACAUAAAUUUACUCACUUGAAAACGAAA